UUGCUGUACCUGUGCAAUGACCCCACAAACGUCGCUGUCAAAAAUCCUGAAAUCCCUCUGUUUACCAUACAAAAAUGUCUCGAAAAUAAAUAUAUUCCAACCUCCUCUUUCCGUUACUACUUGUUGUACAGCCUUUUUAGCUCCUUUUACAAGGUUUUGCAUCCCUUCCUUUGCCGCCUUUGGAAGUUUUUUAGCAAUGUCUAUAGCGCCUUCAACUGUAUUUUCCACCCUUCGCUCUAAAGAGUCUUUAGAUGAAUGCCCGGUAGAAAAUUGA